GCCGAAUAUCCACCAUCACAACAACACUAAGUUCAAGCCCAAAAUCCGUCGGCUGCAGCAAGAUGAACGAAAGCUGGCUGCCGGCCCAUACAGUGCCCUAUUUAUAGUGGAAAGAGCCGGGUAUUGUGUUCCAUUGUGAGGCAGGACAGGUGAAUAACAGGCAAGAUGGCAGAGGAAAAAAAGGAAGUUGACAUAUACAGAGACACUCCAGUCCGCCUGCUUGGCUAUGCCAACGAGGUGGGUGAGUCCUUCAGAGCCCUGACCCCCAUUUGGUUCGUGAGGGCCACCUAUGGAGUCUCCUCUGCUUACGUUGUGGCCGACACCUACGACAAGGCCUCCAAGAUGAGCAAGCAACCUGGCGCCACCCAACGCACUGUGACUCAUGCUGCCGUGGACACACUGUUGUGGCAGGCCCUGGCAUCUGUAAUCGUACCAGGCUUCACCAUCAACAGGGUAUGUGCUGCCUCCCUCCUGGUGCUCGCCAAGUCACUGCCCCGCGUACCCCUCGCCACCCGCAAGUGGGUCACCACAGCUAUAGGCCUGGGCUGCAUUCCCUUCAUCGUCCACCCCAUCGACACAGGUGUCCACUGGGCCAUGGACGGCACUGUGAGGAAAUACCUGGACCUGUCUGAGCAACCCAACAAGGAGUAGGGAAGGGUUUCACAUGAACUUAACUGCUUACUAUGUAGUGCUCGCAGUAAAUUCAUCCUACACACACACACACACACACAUUCACACACACCUGCCCUGAAUUAGCCAUUAUCAAUGGUAUCUUGCUGGUACCAGGAAGGCUCCUGCUGCUGCUGCCUCUUUUUACAACAUUGGUUGUGAUCUUGAUCUUGAAGCUUCUGCCACAGCAGGGAUUAGCCACAGCAGACACCUAGUCCGGCUGGUUCUCGGUUACAGCCAAUACAAUACAAGCAGGGGCCCUGAAAUAUUUAUUAUUUUAUAAUAAUGAAUAUUUGUUAAAUGAAGCCACCACAUAAUACCAACUCUGCCCCCCAAAAUGGCUGUAAAAAAUACAACAAUACCACAUUAGUGUUAAUAAACACUUUAACAAUGUUUGCAAGCUUGGGCAGUAAUCCUGCUAAUGAUCCCUAGAAGACCAAAACUGGCACUGCACUGGGAAGAGUUUUUUGUACAUCAUUCUCCUUCUCUGCCACAUUCACUUCCUCAACACUGCAACCCAAGAGUACACUCAGAGGUGCCUUACUCAAGCCAGCACAAAGAGAAAGGGAAAUUUAUUUUGGAGGUUAUAUUUUUUGAUACUGCUGAUACUCUUUUUCAUGCUUGAAUGUUAUAUCCUGAUAUUUACCAAACUAUUUUUUACCAUAUGAGUUAUUCUUAGCUUGGCUCGUUGCUCUGUGCUCAUUAAAAAAUCCUGCUCAGCCACAAUGACUUACAAAUUGCACCCUUGACAAGUGAUACAGUUCUACACUACAUACUACAUAAUUCUACACUACAUGAAAUGAUGCUACAUUAUUAGUGCAUUCUAUUAAAUGAUACAGUAAACCAUUCUUAUAUGAGACAUCAAUAUAUUGGAUUCAAAAUACUGUGUUCAUAUUCAUCAAUUUCAUUUGUACUCCAGAUUCACUUCUUUUCUAGUAGUUGACAGAUAAGAUUCAAGUAAACAGUCCCCAUGGGUAUUACUGCAAAUGUUUCCUUCAUUAGCUGUUUAUUAUGUAAUGUGAUAUAUUUAUUCCAAAUUUUAAAUGUUUACCCAGUUUUAUAAAUAAUAAGGACAAGAUGAGAAACCAUUGGAUAAACUACUGUAGAUAUUCUAAUAUUGACAACGGGUUCUCCUCAUUGUCUUCAAUAUAAUAAGGGCUUACUGUACCAUAACAUUAAGCUGCAAUUAGGUAGUCAUGGUAGGGUAUGGUCGCCAGUUCUUACACACUUCCAUUUAGUAUUCAUAACAAAAUAUAACUCAAGAUGAAGUAUAAAAAUGAAGUAUUGUCAAGAUGGGAAAUGCUUGUCAGUCAUUAUUUUUUCCAUAUUUUAUCUAAACUCCAACUCUAUAUUUUUUAGAGUAUAUUUUUCUUGGCAUGAGUACCAAUUGGAAGGGUGCAUAGUCUGAUAGGAACACAGCGUCAAAGCUAUAGAUAGAUGGGUAAACAACCUGAUUGUAACCUGAGACUUGCAAGGUAUAGUUAAGCUGUCAUAGUAUUGUUAACCAGAUCUUUCCUGAAUCUAGACCAGACACCAUUCCUUUAUAGAGCUGAUAGGUUUUCCGGAAGGAUUGUGAUGCUUACAGUAGUUAACCUCUUGUUCUGUUGGUAUGACUCUCCUUUGCCUACUAUCUUAUUCAUUGUAUGUACAGUAAAUUUCUAUAUGACCUCUAUUUAUCUCAUGAAAGUUGACCCCGUAUGAUUAUAGAUAUAUUUGGGUUAUGGUUGUUGAAGGGAAGUCAUGUUAACAGACGAAGUAGAAACACUAAUACUAUGCCAUUAGUAGCUAGGGUUUAGGUCAUUAGUGAUCUCAGUAUCGUAACACUUCCAGUCCUUGUGAUAGUUGUCAGGUUUCUCCUUUGUCAUUCAGAUGUGAAAUUUUUACUGCAGAAUUAACCAUAUAGAGCCAAAUGUACUUGUAUUUAAAUUGCACAAGUUUAUUCAAAUUGCACAUUGGGCCAGUUCGACAGUCCAACACUGAGUCAUUGUAAACGCCCAAGCCAAACUGUAUUCUCCACAAUGAUCCAUUUUUUCUACUCAAUACCAGACACGUCGGAGAUUUCCUGUGUAGUUCCCUAAAAUUUCUUCCUUUUUUAUAUCAACGUCAAACAUUGUACAAGGAAUUUUCAUCAUAUUUUGUUUGGUUGGGGAGCUUACAAACUUGCUGUAUUGGACUGUAAAACUGGGCCAUUAUCUCAUGAAAAUCGUUGUUGCUUAGGUAAUAUGCUCAAGUCAUUGAUUCACUCUCAAGUUAUCUUGCUCAGACAAAUUAUUGCAUCUGCUUCCUUACCUUGAAACUCCUUAUCCUGAUCUCACUGGAAAAGAACAUUGAUAUUCCACUUCGGUGAUGUGUAACUUGUUAGCUGAUCAUCUGUGAACCAUUUGUGAUCUGUUAUAUAUUGUAUUUAAUGAAGUUUAAGAGUUCCUAUGCCACUAUAAAGUAAGAAUUAACCCUUAGACGGCGGUGGAACUAUAUAUAGAUGGUCUUAGACGGCAGUGGAACUAUAUAUAGAUGGUCCAAAAUUCAAUCAGUCAGUUUUAUAUGGCAGAAAUAUAACAACGCUUCCAGAUUGCGGUGGAAUCUAUAUAUAGACAAUAGUUAAAACAUCUAUUAUGUGGCAUAACAAUAUUUAUGCUACGGUCCUAACGUUGACAGUGACUAUAUAUAGAAGAUUCAUUUUGGGGGGAGGUACUCUUCAAAUACUACUGCCGUCUAAGGGUUAAACUUGUCCUUUGUAAAUACUGUGGCUGAUGAACACUGCUCUGAGUGAGAUGAACGGUGCUCCUCAUGAGUCCUGUUUAGUCUUCCCAAAGUCCUGAACAUGAACAGAACUUAACAUUCUCCAGGGGUUGUGCAUCCUCGCCAUUAACAACUUCACAAAAUAAUAAUGCUCAAAAAGUGGCGUAGGUUUUUCAGAUAUUAUAUACAAAUUACUUAUUGUUAUUGUUUUUAUAGGAAUGAAGUUAUUUAUUAUUGGAUGAUACUGAUAGCCAUAUUUCUUGAUACUGUUGUUAUCUGUCGUUGAAUGUGAAACCAAAACAUCUUCCAAGAGUUUGGUGCUUCCUCACAAUGGACCUCACAACUUGCUGUUCUCAGGGAGUGUUUAGCUCCUCUUAGAUGUUCCCUUUUAAUUAUCCACCAUUUUACUUUUGUUAUGAGAGUGGCCACUUGUUUAUCUUCUCUCAGACGUUCCCUUUUAUAUCCCUACCAUCUUACCCUUAUGAGAGUGACCAUAUGUGUUCAUCUUCUUUCGGAUGUUCCCUUUUAAUUCCCUACUGUCUUACUCUUAUUAUGAGAGUGACCAGUUUAUCUUCUCUCAGACGCUCCCUUUUAAAUCCCUACCGUCUUACUCUUGUUAUGAGAGUGACCAUAUGUGUUCAUCUUCUCUUGGAUGUUCCCUUUUAAUUCCCUACCAUUUUAUUUUCAUUAUGAGGGUGGCCAUAUUGUUGAAUUAGUGUUAUUGUUAGAGUUCUGGCUCCCACUGUUACUUGUUACCGAGUCUACAACUGAGCAUUGAUUCGUUUACCCAAGAAGUGUUAAUUCCUGUGAUACUUGUUGUUCAUGUUAUUGUUAACGAGAUCAAGAAAAAUU